ACCAUGGUGAACUCUACUCAUAUUUCAUAUUUCAUACUUGGUGCCUACUUUGAAACGGGGGGUUUUAAAUACUUGUUCUUCCUGAUUGUCAUGUGUUUGUAUGUCUGUAUUAUAGGAGCCAAUGUGUUGCUGAUUGUGGUGAUCUGUGUGAACAGGAGCUUACAUGAACCUAUGUACCUGUUUCUGUGCAGCCUGUUUGUAAAUGAACUGUAUGGUAGUACAGGGUUGUUUCCAUUCCUUCUGCUUCAGAUCCUCUCUGACAUUCACACUGUUUCUGCUCCGCUCUGCUUCCUGCAGAUUGUUUGUAUUUAUUCUUAUGCAAGUAUACAGUUUUGUAAUUUAGCCGUCAUGUCUUAUGACCGAUAUCUUGCUAUCUGUUUUCCUCUGCAGUAUAACACAUAUAUGACUUCUAAAAAGGCUUCCUUUCUUAUUGCAGUGUCGUGGUUAUAUCCAUUUAUUACCAUUUGGAUUAUGGUGUCUCUGACCCUGUCUCUGCAGCUGUGUGGGAACACCAUCAACGAAGUGUACUGUGAUAACUUCUCCAUUGUGAAGCUGGCCUGCUCUGACACUACAGUCAAUAAUGUGUAUGGACUCAUUGCCACUUUUUUCUUGAUCAUGUUUCCUGUUUCUCUCACCUUUAUCUCGUACAUGAGGAUCCUCAGAGUGUGUUUCUCUGGCUCCAAACAGACCAGACAGAAAGCUGUCAGUACCUGCACUCCUCACCUCGCCUCCCUCCUCAACUUCUCCUUUGGAGGUUUCUUCCAGAUAUUACAGAGCAGGUUUGAUAUGAGCAGUGUUCCCAACAUGUUGCGCAUUUUAUUAUCUCUGUACUUCCUAACAUGCCAGCCUCUCUUCACCCCAGUUCUGUACGGGCUGAAGAUGUCUAAAAUCCGCAGCAUAUGUAAGCGUGUGCUGUGUGGUGAAGUGUAG